UAGAUAACAAACGACUUCAUAAGGUCAACCAUUCAAUUGAAAUUCUUUUUGCUCUCCAUCCGGAUUUUUGCUUCGUGCUGCUGUCAUCUUAUUAUUGAGUCACCAAUUUCUAAUUUGAUCAAUAGGCAAAUUGAAGAAGCAACGGCGCUGGAAAGGAAGAUUAGCGUGCCUUUCGUGGGGAGAGGAACAGAUAAACGAACGAAAUGGCGGACGUAGCAGCAGAACUGGACGAAGGAGGACUGAAGAGAACCUUAAAAGACUUAUUUGCUGGGGCUGCUGGAGGUGUGGCACAGGUUCUAUUGGGUGAGUCUAAUUUCGUACUGGGGUUAAUGUAAUGAAUGCUCAUGGUUUGGGAUUGGGAUGACUCACGUGAGGACAGGGGAUCUGUUGGGAAGUGGGAUUGUCUUUGAGUGAGAGCAUUGAUAUGGAUUUGGUACCCUGUUUGAUGAGCUCGAUAAUAGUUCUCGAUGUCAAGCCUAUAUCCUUACUUUGUCUUUGCUAUAAGAGCUGAGAAUAAUGCAACGAAAUGAUCUGACCUCCUACCAGGCCAACCAUUCGACAUAGUCAAAGUCCGUCUUCAAACCACUACGCAAUACGCAAAUGCUCUCGAAGCCGCUCAAACCAUCUACCGCAAUGAAGGUGCUCUUGCGUUCUACAAAGGCACCCUCACACCUUUGAUCGGUAUCGGAGCCUGUGUUUCCGUUCAAUUUGGAGCAUUCCACCAAGCCCGUCGCUACCUCGAGAAUUACAACGCUUCCCGCAAUCCCCUAUCUCCAGGCCUUUCCUAUGCACAGUACUAUGCCGCGGGUGCGUUUGCCGGUAUCGCCAACUCGGGCAUCUCUGGUCCUAUCGAACACGUGAGAAUUAGAUUGCAAACCCAACCCCACGGUGCAGGAAGACUCUACAAUGGUCCCUUGGAUUGUGUUAGAAAAUUGUCUGCACAUGGAGGUGUUUUUAAAGGUCUCUAUCGUGGUGAAGCCGUUACCAUUAUGAGAGAAGCGCAAGCCUAUGGUGUAUGGUUCCUCUCUUUCGAAUACAUGAUGAACAGCGACGCAGCCCGCAACAAAAUCGAACGCAAAGAUAUUCCGAGCUGGAAAAUUGCUCUUUAUGGAGGUCUUGCUGGAGAAGCAUUAUGGUUGGCUAGUUAUCCGUUUGAUGUUGUCAAAAGCAAGAUGCAGAGUGAUGGGUUUGGGGAGAAGAUGAAGUAUAAUGGGAUGAGGGACUGCUUCGCAAAGACGUGGAGGGCGGAAGGUGCAAGAGGAUUCUGGAAGGGCAUUUUCCCCACGUUGUUGAGGGCAAUGCCAGUCAGUGCGGGAACAUUUGCGGUGGUGGAAAUGACCAUGAGAGCGAUCUCUUAGGCGAUUCAGGGGGUUAGAAGGGUGGUACAGUGGAUGUCUUGGAUGAAUUCACGAGGUGAUGAGAAUGACGCUAAGUAGCUUUCCAUAUGAACUGUUUCAGCAAGAGCGAAAGCGGGAGCACAAGCACGGCAUAGCAUAGCAUAGCAUAGCAUUAGCAAUGAACCAUUGGACAAAAUAGAUA